AUGGACGUUGCCUUCGUAAUUGACACAGCUGGUGGUCUUAAGAAAGUCUUCCAUUACACAAAGAAAUUCAUUUUGCAAUUGGUGGAUUCAUUUAUUGUUUCCAGUCAGUAUGUUCGGGUUGGUUUGAUUACGAACUCGUACCGCCCUGCGGUCAAGUUAAACUUUGGUCAGUUUAACAAACCCACGCAAAUUAAACGCGUCAUUCGCUUGCUGCAGCCCGACGGUGGGACACGCCUAUCGGGAAAAGCGUUGAAACUUGCUUUAAAGCGUCUCUUUCCCGCUAGCAAGGGCAAGAAAACUUUGGUUUUCCUAACUGCGGGUAAAUCGUCCGACCGAGUGCUGGGCCCAGUACAACAGCUUGUUGCUAUGAGAGUAAAUAUUUUCAGUAUCGGCGUUGGACCUAAUGCCGAUCUCAGUGAGAUUCUCACGGUUGCUAAAGAUCCUCAGCACUCGUACAAGACCAGUUUUAGAAGCCUGGGAACCAUAGUGAAACGUAUUAAGGACAAAGCAUGCGCAGAGGCAGGAGGCAGUAAACAGGGACCGAAAAAACCCACAAGGAAACCAAAACCUCCCAAAGCUGUCGCUAUUUUCCCACUAAACCGAAAGACUCGAGGAAAAGACAUUGGUCCUCUGAGGAAUAGCCCGGGACUACUAUACGGUGUUCGACCCGCUCGUGGACCUAACGGCCAGCCUGGUGGAGCCAUCAAAUUCCCGAAAUUUAAGACCGGCUAUGUGGAGUUUCCCAACAGUGGGAAAUUGGACACCAAGAAUUCUUUAACAGUGAUCGUUUGGGUCAAACCUGACGAGCCAGGGAAAAUAAUUGAGUACAAACCAGGAGGGGUGAAUUUCGGCAUUCGAUCACCGGACACUUUGUACGCCCGUUUUGUUCGCCGAAACGGUCGACCAACCAAAACCGUAAAAACAAGACGGCGGGGAAUUACCCUUCGACGAUGGAGUUACUUAGCCAUUUCCUACGAUCAGCGAACUGGAAUGGGAACCAUCUGGCGGAAUUCUCGGCCGAUUGCAUUUCAGAAGCUUGGCUGGAUCAGGCUCUCUACAAAGAAAUCCCUUAGGCUUGGGGGAUUGACUCGAGGUCGGCGACCAUUCAGAGGGAGUAUCACAUGUCUUCAGGUUUACAGUGAUGCCUUGACUGGGCCCCAGAUAAAGAAUGUACAGAAUGUUUGCUUUAAACCAGGUCAACCGACUCCCACCAGACCGCCAACAGUCCCUGUUCCAGCUCUGCCCCCCGCAAUGGCAUUCUUCCCCUUGAAAUCUAAAUAUGGUGCCCGAGAUAUAGGCCCAACGAAAAACCGCCCAGGAAAAAUUGUGGGUGCCUUACUAGCCCGAGGUCCCGACGGUCAGCGUGGUAGUGCUUACAAGUUCCGAGGCCGUCCCGAUAGCUUCAUCGAGUUUCCGAACAACGGCCGAUUAGAUGCACAGGAUUCAAUAACCAUUCUUGCAUAUGUAAAUCCGGAAAGCGCAGGACCGAUCUUCAAUUUUAAUCCAAAAGGAUUCGGAGUACAUUUCUGGAUGGUUCGAAAGAACGUUCUUUUCGCACGCUUUGUGAAAAGGUCCAAGAAGUUCACGAGGCCUGUGGCUACGAACAGAGUGAAACCGGGAACUUGGAACUGGGUAGCAGCUUCUUACGACAAGAACACUGGGUACGCACGUUUGUUCGUAGAUUCCAGAAUCUCAGCUGAGAGAAAUCUAGGCAGAAUAAAACUUGCCACAAAUUAUCCAGUUAGAAUGGGUGCACGGAAGGGAGAUCGUCGCUUCUUCCGCGGGAAAAUAACUUGUGUUCAAGUGUACAAUGUAGCCCUGACAAGCCGGCAAAUCCGAGCCGCCAGGAAGAGCUGCUUCAAAUCAGGUAAAGUGAAACCCACUAAGCCAGUUUCACCUGUUACCAAGCCGACACCAGCCAUCCGUAACUUAGUGGCCGUGUACCCACUGGACGCUACUACUGGUGCACGUGACCUCAGCCCUACCAAAAAUCUCCCAGGAAAGCUUUCAAGCGUAAAUAUCGCUCCAGGCCCUGACGGCAAACCAGAUACUGCAUUACGAUUCUCUGGCAUUCCUAACAGUUACAUCGAGUUCCCAAACAACGGAAGACUGGACACUAGACGCUCAAUCACUUGCAUGGCAUGGGUGUUCAAUGAAGGGAGGGGUGGGCCGGUGUUUCAAUACGAUCCCCGAGGAGUAGGGGUUGGAUUAAGAAUCUUCGGCACGGAUCGAAUUGAAGCGCUCAUUGUUAGCCGAAACAGAAGAAAGAAAGUUCCUGUCGUGACUCGAAAGGGGUUCUUAAAGCCCAGGACUUGGACUUACGUAGGGUUCUCUUACGAUUUCCUUUCUGGUAUUGUGACAUUAUAUGUUAAUGCCAGGCCAGUCCUACGAAGGAUCAUUGGUCGAGUUCAGCUUCUUACAAACAAACCAGUGCGCGCGGGCUCAACCAAGCGUGCAAAACGAUUUUUCCGUGGUCGCUUGUCAUGUAUACAGGUAUAUAGCAGAGCCCUUACCAGGCGCGAGAUCAUUGCAGUGAGGAAAAGAUGCUUCAAAGGAGCCGGAAUAAUUCCAGGAAAACCUUCCACAGGUUCCCCGACGGCUGUGGCGACAUUUCCGCUCAGCGGUGUUCUCAAUGGACGGGAUAUUUCUCCAAAUAAGAACCCACGAGCAAAACUCCGUAACGUGCGGCCAGACAACGGACCCGAUGGCCUCCCUUCAGGUGCCAUUAGGCUGAGUGGUAGUCCAAAUAGCUACGUGGUGUUUCCAAACUACGGAAAACUUGACACAGUGGACGAAAUAACGAUCACUGUGUGGGUGAAGCCGAAAAGCGCCGGACCGAUCUUUCAUUACAAGCCCCAGACCUGGGGCGGGGUUCAUUUCUGGGUAGUGGGACGACCUGGUAAUCGGAAGUUCUUUGUUCGAUUCUCCACACGUGACGGCAAAACCGUACCAGCAUUGAGAAGUAGGAAGAUCAAAAUGGGAAGAUGGUACUAUCUGGCAGUUAGUUAUGAUAAAAAGAAGGGAGUUGGAACCAUUUGGAGAAAUGGUUUUAUUGAUGCUCAGCGACGUGUUGGAAUAUAUAAACUAGCUACUAACUUCCCUGCGGUGAUGGGACGCAAGCCAGGGGAUCGCCGCAUAUUAAGAGGAAGUAUUUCGUGUUUGCAAAUCUUCAAGAAAGCUUUGAUUGGACCACAAAUUCGAGCACAGAAAAGGAAAUGUUUCAGACGAAAACCAAAUCCUAAAAGGCCCAAGCCGAAACCAGCUCAACCGAUGCUCAUGGGACUCUAUCCGUUUGAUCCAAUCAGUAAAGGCCGAGAUAGAAGCCCCAAUAAAGCACCUAAAGCUUUAUUCAGCAAUGUUGUUUUGACCAGUGGUCCCGAUGGCCGCCCAAAAUCUGCGGUCAAACUACGUGGCCUCCCAAACAGCUAUAUUGAAAUUCCCAAUAAUGGAAAACUGCGCACAACUAACUCGAUCUCCAUGUUUGCUUGGGUCAAGCCUCAAGGGUUAGCAGGACCAAUUAUCAACUAUGGCAAGGGACCCGCCUGGGAGACACACCUGUGGCAGACAAACCCCCGAACGCUCUUUGUUCGAUAUGUGAAAAUAGGUGGUGCCCCUACCCCGGCCGUUACUAAGGCUGCUUUGACACGAGGCGUAUGGAAUUUCGUCGGUACAACUUACGAUGGAACUUAUGCCACGCUUUGGGUAAAUGGUAAAAAGGUCGCUUCACGUAAAAUCAACAGCAUUCGUUUGUCCACGACGGGACCAAUAAGGAUUGGGGCAAAGGUCGGUGAUAAACGUUACUUCAAAGGCGCCGUAGCUUGUGUGCAGCUCUAUCGAGUUGCUUUACAGAAAAAGCAAAUACGGAGAACCAUGAAAAGAUGUAUGAGACGUAAGUAUCCCAUAAAUGGAAUUUAUGUGUGCUAG